AUGAACACCGUUGCUUCAAACUCGCCCGGCAUCACGCUCACCGCCGAAGGCGCCGUGUCGGUCUCGUACAACACCUUGCGCGAUGCGCCGCACUCAUUGACUCCUUCCAUCGAAAAGGCGUUCGGCUCCAACCCGGACAGCCUGGGCAUCAUCGUUGUGCGCGACCUACCCGCGACGUAUGCCCCUGCUCGCGAGAGGCUUCUCAAGCUCGCGUACAAAUUUGCGACGCUUCCCGAAAGCGAACGGGAGAAGUACGCCGAUGCGUCGAGCAGAUACAGCUUUGGUUGGUCCCAUGGCAAGGAAAUUAUGAACGGAAAGCCAGAUAUAUUGAAGGGCUCUUACUACGCCAACCCCGUACUUGACGAGCCUGCUGUGUCUGAUGCUCUGCGCAAGGCUUACCCAGAGUACUACGGAAAGAACAUAUGGCCAUCUCAGACUCCUGAAGUCAGCGAUUUCGAGCAGGUAUUCAAAGAUCUGGGGGGCUUCGUCUUUGGCGUGGGGUGCCAGCUUGCAACGGCCUGCCAACCUUUCACUUCCGCGUACUUCUCCGACUCGUCCCUAUCUCUCGCCGACCUGAUCAAGGACUCGCAAACCUCCAAAGCCCGCCUGCUCCACUACUUCCCUCCGUCCCCAGAUAACCCCGUCCCCGCAGAAGACGAAGCCAUCGACAGCUGGUGCGGCUUCCACCUCGACCACUCGCUUCUCACCGGCCUCUGCUCGGCGAUGUACCUCCAUCGCGAGCCCACCGGCGAGCCCACGGCGGUCACGGCGCCUUCGCCCGCCUCGGGCCUGUAUAUCCGCACGCGCGGCGGCGCGCUCACCAAGGUCUCCAUCCCCGCCGACUGCCUCGCGUUCCAGACAGGGGAGGCGCUCGAGCUCGCGACCGCGGGGCGGCUGCGCGCGACGCCGCACUGUGUGCGCGUCGGCGCGGUGCCGGGCACGGGCGCGGGGAACGUGUCGCGCGAGACGUUCGCGCUCUUCAUGCAGCCGAACGUCGACCAGCGGCUGUCCGCGACGGAGGACUUUGGGCAGUUCAGCAAGCGCAUCUUCGACGAGCACUACUCUGAGGGCGGCGCGGCGACGAUGUGA